GAUCUAUUUUACUCACGCGCGAAUAUCACGCCAAAGUUAACAUUCAACAUGAAGGCUCUGAUCUGCCUGAUGUUAAUCGCUGCGGCGUUCGCCGCUGAAGAGAAGACGGUUAAGAAGCGUGGCCUGUACGGCCUGGGAGACUACGGCGGACUUAAUGAUUUAAGUGGAUUAGGUGGAUUAGGUGGAUUAAGUGGAUGGGGCGGUGGCCAUGGCCAUGGCAUCGCUGUCGCCAUUCAGCAGAAGACCGUCGCCGUUCCCGUCGCAGUUCCACAUCCAGUUCCCGUUGAUCGUCCUGUACCUGUCAAGGUUGCAGUCCCCGUCCCACACCCAGUUCCAGUCGCUGUUCCGGUGCCACAGCCCUACCCAGUGAUCCAGACCAAGACGAUCACGGUUCCUGUAGAGAAACCCGUGCCAGUCGCGGUUCCGGUUAAGGUGCCAGUACCAGUGCCUGCUCCGUACCCUGUCAAGGUUGCGGUCCCUCAUCCAGUCCCAGUUCAUGUCUCACAUCCAGUUCCAGUCCCGGUUCCGCAACCCGUCUACAUUAAAGAAGCGGUUCCCGUCCUCAUUAAGAGCGGCCACGGUUACGGCCACUACUAGAUGAAUUUCUCAUUCAAAAAAAGUCACACACCCCCGCUCCAUUUUGACCCUUUCUCCAGCAGCGCAAAAUCCAUCACGACGAGCGUCCGAGUCAAGUGACGCUUCUCUCGUCGUGUAGUGCCUCGAAUUCACGAAAUAAAUCAAUUUUAUAAAUGUUUUCAUAAAGAA